AUGAGGGCGGUCACCGGCGCCAUCGUCUCCUCCAAGCCGUGCUCGCUCCUCAAGGCCAAGGUCAUCCUCGACGGAUUCCACAAGAGCUCCGCCUCCAACCUCCCCUCCUCCGACGCAGGCACAUACCUCCGCACCGCCGCCGACGCCGUCGACGAGCUCCGCGAGUUCCGCCGCGACCUACUCAGGGCCCAGCACCAGCACGAGGUCAAGGUCAAGGUGGAUGUGGAGGGGGACCUUGUUCACAGUGAGAGGAAGCGGAGGAACAAGGAAGAGAGGCGUGUCGUCAAGCAGGAGGAGCAACAUGUCCCUUCUUUGAUCCAACUCCAACAGGAGGAGGAGGAGGCGGUGGUGUCCAAAGUAGGGAUCAGUUUGGUUCCCAGGAAGAAGAAGAAGGAGGAGGAGAAAGACAUCGUCAUCAUCAAGCAGGAGGCAGAGGAGGAGGAGGAGGAGCCGGAGCAGCUCAAGAAGAAGCGGAAGCAUGCCGCGCAAGAGUUGGUCCAGGUGAAGAAAGAACAAGUUGAUUUCGUCGAUGCCGAUUUGGGGAGCGACAAGAAGAAGAAGCACAAGAAAAACAAGAGGAGCAGAGAUGGCGACAACGACGCUCAAGAAGAAGGAAAGGUGGAGCAUACCAAGAAGAAGCAGCGCAAGUAG